AUGGAACGAUCCAAGAGGCAAAGCGUCCUCCAGCAAAUCUUCCGCUUUCUGGAGAAUGCAGCCAAAGGUGGCCAUUCAAGGGCCCAGUACGACCUCGCUGGGUUUUAUCUCAACGGAAUUGAAGUCGACAAAGAUCACACUAAGGCCGCGGAGCUAUACCGUGGUCCUGCAGAUCGUGGAAUUCCUCGGGCUCAGGUAGCUCUUGGCCGAUGCUACGAGAUCGGCGAAGGUGUCGAACAAAGCUACGACACGGCCAUUGAGUGGUAUUCCAAGGCCGCAGAUCAGGCCAACGAAGACGGUCGACUCCACAUCUUGUGGAUCGGAAUUUGCUACUCCUUUGGCGGGGGAGUAUCGAAGGACCACAAGAAGGCAUUCGAGUGGUUCAGCAGGUCGGCUGACCAAGGCAACUCGUACGGCCAGUGGUGGGUUGGUAAUUGCUAUCUCUGUGGACGUGGAGUUACCGAGGACAAACACAAGGCAGUCGAGUGGUUCCUCAAGUCGGCCGAACAGGGCAAUCGAUACGGACAACAUUAUCUCGGCGACUGCUACAGAUAUGGUGAAGGUGUCCCCAAGAACAUUGACACCACCGUUUUCUGGUGGCGCAAGUCCGCCGACCAGGGUUUCCAAGAUGCCAUCUACAGACUCAAAGAACUCGGAAGGUUGGAAGGUCCUGAUCCCCAAGGGCCUCCGAAAUGCCAAAUCCAAUAG